CUUCCUUUCCUCAAAGCGACCGCGGAGACAACAACCCGCAUCCUGCACGAACGCACGCGGAGAAAAGCUUGGAAAACGCCCUGGGAAAACAGCUGAUGGUACAGAUAGGAGGUAAGUAAUAAAGUUUACGCCGCAGAUCUCCUUCAAGUUCAUUCCUCUUCCUCGACGCGUUCGAAUCCGGAUAGCGACGAGCCAGUGGGGACCGUAGCUCCGUGACUCGCUGUUCUUCGUGCUUGCGGUUGCCCAGGUCGGCGAGUCUAGAACAUGCAGUUUGGUCAGAUUUCCCGCCGGUUUCAUUCGUGAAUGAGAUAAUCACCGCAGACAACGUUGGCUUCAGCUUUUUCUUCGGUGGAUCGGGUGGACUAAGACUCGGCGCAGGUGUUAUGAGCGAGGGACGCCUCUGCGAUUCCCCCGGUUUCAAUGUCGCUGCAGACGGAGCGCUCGAGACUCGUCGCAUGGGCCCGCGCGCCUUUGCUGCUCGUGCCGGUGACACGGCGGGUGUAAUUGCCGGCGUCGCCUCCGGUGCUUCUGUCAUGAUGCCCUGCGCCUCCAACCAGUCGGCAGUGCGAUAGCGGAACACGAACGAGACGUAGGUGGGAUAUUUGUUGGAGCCGUUGUGUGCAUCCGCUGCGUGAGGCUUGGUGACCCAUGUCGUCCCGUACUGUUGGAAUGUUUCUUGCUCGUCUCCGAAUCUAGUUCUCCAUGAGCCAAGCGCAGACUGGACAAACCAGCCAACUAACGCACCCAACGCACAGUUCUCCCGCCUUUCUUUUACCCAGCACAGUCGGCGGCAGCGAUUGAAUCGGGUUAGCAGGCUGCUGGGCGAACACCCGGUCGACCCGCUUGAUGCGCACGACGAUCAUCCCGGCAUCUUUGUUGUUUGGUUGGUCGGCACCAGUGUCUAGGUUCGCGCGCGUUGAGUCAUUGAACCGCGCGGCAGACGACGAUCUACGCACCUUGUGCGAUUGUGCUGAAAGUGAAAGGCCUUUCCGACGCCGGUCCAGACCGCACUCCGCCUCUCGAGGCCUCGCCUUGUCCAAACAGGAACCGUCCGGGGACAACCAAUCCGUCGAGGGUGACUUGAUUUGCCUUGUAAGAAUCGGCUGGCUAGGGAGUCAAGGGGGGAGCACGAACUGAAGGCGCAGCUGUCCACCUUCCCACCAUGGUCCUUCCAAUGCACCGUGAACUUCUGCCCAGGGAACAGCCCUGCGUGAGUUGAGCGUAGCAGAGAUCGUGCGACGCACCUGUCCAGAAUCCCCCGCAAUCCAGCACGACACUUUUGAGUUGACUAUAUCCGUGGCUUCCAGGAACUGGUGUGCCGGCUCUCCGUCCACCUCGAUCCAGGCAGAAAACCCACGCAGCGUGAGGGGCAUUCUCAGUAAUAAAUGAGUUCGAUGGAUGGCCUGGACGAAAUAUGAGAUAAGAAGCCAAGGAACGGUCCAGGGGCGGAAGAAGUGAAAGGUUAACACGAGGCUCAAGGGUAAAUUCUGUAGGUCCUUGUUACAACAAUGUUCAAGGCACGUGACUUGCGCGUGAUGUCGCCUCUAAUCUUUGGCCUCCGCCAACUCGCACGCACCGUGCACUGGCCCAGAGGGACGAUGCCACCAAGACGCGCAGCGACCAGCAGCAGUAGCAGAAGCAAAAGGAAGGCGGAAGAAUCGGCUGACUCGGCUGACGAAUCGCUCAAAACGUCGAAGAAAGCAAGGGUAGCCGAAGCCGUUCCGUCUGCCUCGGCCGGAAGCUCUCAGCCGACGAACAAAGUAGUGCCUGACACCAUCGUCUUCCCAGAACGCAUCCCGGGCACUCUUAGACUGGCGACAUGGAACGUAUGUGGACUGGCAGCGAGUCGGAAGAAGGGGUUCCAGAGAUACAUCGACGCGGAGGACCCGGAUGUCUUGGUGCUCACGGAGACGAAGGUCAAUGACGAACCGAGCAUGGAUCUAGCGCUCAAAGCGCGUUUCCCUUAUUGGCAUUGGUCUAUCUCUGCCAAGAAAACCUACUCUGGGACCGCGAUUUUGUCCAAGCACAAGCCUCUGAGCGUGACUUCCACGCUGCCGGGGCACCCCGACCCCACCCUUGUCAAGGGAAGGAUCGUGACGAUGGAGUUUGAGAACUGUUUCGUGGUCGGCACGUAUACGGUGAACGCAGGUUCUGAUUUGAAGGCGCGUACCUUGGACCAGAAGAAAGAGUGGAAUACUCAUUUUGAGACCUACGUGCGGGAUCUCGACAAGCGGAAGCCUGUCAUCUGGACGGGAGACCUGAACGUUGCUCCGACAGAACUAGGCAUGUACUUCAGAAUGCGCUUCCAUCUCACGAAUGCUAAAUCCAACUGGAACAAGACAGCUGGGUAUACGGAAGCGGAGACGACUGCGUUCAAACGAUUCAUUGAACCGCCCGAAGACGUCGCAGAUGCUGCCACGUUCGUCGAUGUGUGGAGGCAGUUGCACCCCACGGAAAGACAGUACACAUACUUCUCGUAUCGGUUCAACUGCCGACUCAAAGGGAUCGGAUGGAGGCUGGACAUGUUUGUCUUGAGCGAGCGCAUCGCAAGUAAGGUCAAGAUGUGUGAAAUCCGAGGCGAAAUCUACGGGGCUUCCGACCACUGUCCGCUCGUCAUGGAGAUCGAAGGCGCGCUGUGAAGAGCUUAUGCGGACAACUCAGGCUUGGUAUUCACCGAAACGAGUGUGACCUGUUUCCGAUGCAUGGGCUUGAGCGCCUUUCUCGCCUUUGAGGCCUUUGUCACAGAUCUAAGCGUAGAAAUAUUGGUCGGCUCGUUUGGUAUUCCAUGUGGCACUCACCAGACACUUGAGAUCAAACGUUGCUGUGUUCGUGUACUUGUGUUUGUCUUUCAGAAUCUUGGCGAGCUUUUUGGCUGCAUCCAUGAUGUCCGCAUUUCG